UUGAACACAAAGAAACGAAAGCAGAAAAGAUGAAUUCUUCCUUGCAAGCUGAGAUAAUUUCGAGGGAGAUGGUGAAACCAUCUUCUCCAACACCAAAACACCAAAAAAUCCACGCUCUCUGCUUCUUUGAGCAGAUUAGUUCUACCAUUUACGUGCCUUUUGUUUUCUUCUAUGCCAAGGAUACCUGUCCUGAUAGAUCCCAUAUAUCCUAUCUUCUCAAAGGAUCCCUAUCUGAAACUCUUUCCAAAUAUUACCCACUAGCAGGAAGGCUCAAAGACAGUGUCACUGUAGACUGCAACGAUGAGGGGAUCGAAUUUUUUGAAACUCGAAUCAACUGUGAUUUAUCUUAUAUUUUCAAGAACCCUAAUGCUGAAACUAUAAAAAUUCUGAUUCCUAAUGAUCUAGAAUACAAAGAUCCAUUCUUAAGUAGUCUCGUGAUUGUUCAGGUCAAUUUCUUUGACUGUGGAGGAAUGGGGUUAACUGUUUGCAUCUCUCACAAGAUUGCAGACAUGGCAACUCUGUAUUCUUUCAUCAACAACUGGGCUGCUAUUGCUAGAAAUUCAGGUAAAGAGUACAUUUCUCCUUUGUUCAAUUUAGGGUCUUUAUAUCCGCCAAUUGACCUACCAGUAAUGUCCUAUGAGGUUCCUGAGAAAGUGAAAUGUAUUUCAAGAAGGAUUAUUUUUGAUUUCCCAAAAAUAGCCAUCCUCAAAUCCAUUAUAGCAAAAGAAAUCCAGGAUCCAACGCGAGUUGAAGUUGUUACUGCGCUAAUAUACAAAUCAGCCAUUUCUGCAGCUAAAACAGUAUCAAGAUCCUUAAAACCUACAAUUCUGCAUCAAGCAAUACAUUUGCGUUCUUGGGUAUCUCCUCCGGUGCCAGAAAAUGCUAUGGGAUGUCUAACUGGAAUAUUCCCAGUCCCAAUUAUGGAUGAGAGCGAAAUACAUCAGUUAGCUCAGUUGGUUAGACAGACGAGACAAGGAAAGAUUCGAUUUCGCGAAGAGUCUAAAAAGAAACUUGUGCUUGAAGAAUUUUAUUCAUUUAUUUUGGAGUGUUCUAAAGGGGUAAGAGAAUCUCAAAAUAAAAAUAUAUACAUGUGUAGCAGCUUGUGUGGAUUUUCUUUUUAUGUAGCAGAUUUUGGAUGGGGAAAGCCAACUUGGGUCACACAUUCAAUUCUUGAUGCUAGGAAUAUUAUUAUGUUGAUAGAUACAAGGGAAGGAAAUGGAAUUGAAGCAUAUGUUUCUUUAGAAGAAAAUGAGAUGGCUGUUUUUGAGAGUAAUAAGGAGCUUCUUGCAUUUGCCAAGAUUAAUCCUACUGUCUCGGACUCUCAGAUUUUGGGCUCACGACUGUGAUAUGAAGAAAUUAAGAUCUUAGGGUUUAUUUUGGUUGUUUUGUGCUUCAAUGUGUACCUGUUUCAUAGAUUUCUUGGGAUGUUAGCUCUGAUUUCUUCAAUAAUCUCAUUAUUGAAAAGUAUAAAAGUUGUAUUGAAUUCA